UGCUGCUCUCUUUGUUUGAUGAACUGCGUGAGAAUAAUGCUCAUUGGAUACCUUAAAGCUUUGGUCUUCCUUUAUGCAUGCAUAGAAUUUAGUUCCUCAUCACCAAAUAAAGAAAUAUUGCGGGCAUAGCCUCUUUCAGGUAUCUGGAUUGAUUGGGACGUUGAGUCUAGGUAACACAACACUACCAAUUUUCCACAGUAGCAGUAGCGCAUCCAAGUAUAUAUCCCUUCAAGCACAAACAUGAUACACAAUAUACGAUGGUCAAGCCUUCUCUCCCAGCCGGAGCCUAGUACCACCACUAGCAAGGGCAAGGAUAACCCAGCUACCAAAUCACCAUAUGACACCGAUGAGAAAGCCAAAAGUUGUGAAACUCCUCUUGCCACACCAAUCCACCCAUUGGACGUCGACCGGCGCUUUUUUAUCACACCCUCAUCCCCACCCACCUCUCCAAAAACCAAACCCGAAUCCUCCACCAAUUGCCUCACAGAAGAAGCUCUCCUCGCCCUAACAUCCCAAUCACUCAUCCACGGCGGAGCCUGGAGCUCUCCUCGCAAACCCAAAUGCGAAAAACGAGCCAAAGAAAAAGUAUACACAGGUAUAGGGGAAGCACCGCGACCAAAAACUCCAAGCGAACUAGCUCGUGGGAAACAAUGGAUUAGCAAGCGAAAAACAGCCGCGGGGGAUAAGAGACGGGAAGUAGAAGAUGUGACUAUGAAUCAGGUGACGGGCAGGGAUCGAUGGACCAAGCCUGAGCCGGAAGAUGGGUUGGAUGUUGCGAAUUGGUGUAGAGGGAGUUGGCGUUGAAAAGAGCCUUUUGUUAUGUGGUAGCAAUAUUUUCUCCAGAUUAAAAUUCAAAACCGAAACCUUUUCGACAUACGGAUAGCUUUGACUUUUUGAAAUAAACGAUUUGACAAUAUAAAUAGAUUUGUUUUUGCCAAUCCCAUCCAAA